AAUCAGAAAGAGCAUAACCCUGAGCCUGAGGCUGAGCGUAGAAAUCCGGAAUUUGGGAAACCCUAAGGAGAGGUGGAAGAAGAGAAGUGAGAUCACAUCAAUGGCGGAGCACUUGGCAUCGAUAUUCGGGACAGAGAAGGACCGUGUGAAUUGCCCGUUCUACUUCAAGAUCGGCGCCUGCAGGCACGGCGAUCGGUGCUCGCGUCUGCACACGAAGCCCAGCAUAAGCCCAACGAUUCUUCUGUCCAACAUGUACCAGCGCCCCGACAUGAUAACCCCCGGCGUCGACGCCCACGGCCUCCCCAUCGACCCCCGCAAGAUCCAGGACCACUUCGAGGAGUUCUACGAAGACCUCUUCGACGAGCUCUCCAAGUACGGCGAAAUCGAAAGCCUCAACGUCUGCGAUAACCUCGCCGACCACAUGGUUGGGAAUGUCUACGUUCAGUUCAGAGAGGAGGAGCAUGCCGCUAAUGCUGUUAGGAACCUCACUGGGAGGUUUUAUGCCGGUCGGCCAAUUAUUGUGGAUUUCUCACCCGUCACAGAUUUUCGAGAAGCUACAUGCAGGCAGUACGAGGAGAAUACUUGCAACCGCGGUGGUUAUUGCAACUUCAUGCAUUUGAAAAGAAUUAGCAGGGAAUUGAGGCGUCAGUUGUUUGGGAAGUAUCAUGGAAGGCGCAGCAGAAGCAGGAGCAGGAGUCCUUACAGGCAUCGGAGCCAUGAGGAUCGGUCUCACCGCAGUCAUAGCAGAAAGUAUGAUGACAGGGACCAUCAUCAUGAGAGUCGAAGUAAGAGACGCAGGAGCUCAAGUCCUGGACGUAGGAGAGGACGAAGUCCUGGAGGAAGGAGGAACCAUAGUCCGGUCAGAGAUGGCAGUGAGGAGAGGCGUGCUAGAAUUGAGCAGUGGAAUAGGGAGAGGGAAGAGCAAGAACCUGGAAAUAAGUCUAAUGCUGAGGAAAUCAACAAUGGUGACAGCGGUAACACACAAAAAGCUAGCAAAUUUCAUGGGCAUCAGCAGCAAGCACAGGAACAGCAGCCUUCUCAUGAGGAAUAUUGAUCUGUUUAUUUGUUAUGGUGGUGCAGGUGCACUGCUCUAAGAUAUGGAAUGUGUUUCCUUCUUUCUCCCUCCCCCCCUUAUCAUUUGGGAUUUUUCUAUUUAUUUUUAUCAAUGAUGUUUGGUUGUUUGUGUGCGGAUGCUUGUGCUAAUUAUGCCGAAUUAUUUCACUGCUUUGAACCAGUUUUUGACACUCUUCGAUGCUAGUUUUGUUGUGUAUACACUCUCUAGUGUGAUAGAAUGUAUUAAAAAUGCUGAGCAGCUGACCCUUUUUUGUUUUCUACUGUGUAUGAAGUUCAGCUUAAAAUGUGUAAAGAUGUUUUUUUUUCCUGCUCUGUGCUGUUCCUAUAUGUUUCUAAUAAUCCUCUAGCCAAGAAUUCUUGUAGGUUCUAUCUUUCAAAAUAUUUCUUUUUUGUUGUCAUUUUCUGUUGAUUACUUCAAAGGUGGUGUCAGUAUUUUGCACUUCCCUGUCGUUGUCAGAUUGCCAAAUAGCCUUACGACAUCCUUGCUGUGUAGUCCUUAGAAAAAUAGCCUCCUCUCUGAUGAUUAGAGGCUCGUAAAUUUUUUUCCAUGACCUUAACAGGGGUGUCCCUUUUCACAAUUGGCUAAUUAUUAACAUUCAAUGGGUCUUGCAUGCUUGUUGCUGUGCUUGAUUUGCAGUUGGUGAAUGUAUGCAUUAUUUUACAGUCAGGUACACUGAUCACCGUCAUACACGAAGACUAAUGAACGACAAGUUGCAACACUUUUUAUAGGGGUUUUUGUUUUCAAUGAGCUCUGUUCUAUAAUCCCUUUUGGAAUUUGAAAUAGCAUAAUCUUACGUUGUAAUGAGUUUUGCAGGUUCAGGUUUCCCUGCUUCUAAGAAACGAGCCCUUUAGUUAAUUGCAGUUUACCGUGGAAUUUGUGUACAGGUUCAUGGUACGCUCUUGGAGGAUGUUUUAACGGAUCUUUCAGGUUUUGUUUGGGAUUCAACUUCCAAGCAACCAAUCGUGUAGGAGAAGCCUUUUCUUGCAUUUGCAGGCAGAAGAAGGUGGCUUUCUUUUUUUCUUUUUCCUUUUCCAUAUAUUAGGAUGUAUUGUUAGUGAGUAAGCUUUACAUGUUUAUUGGCAACCGACCUUCAAACCUAGUUAUUCGCGCGCUUGUAAAAUUGUUAUUGAUGAUGCACCUUUCUGAUCGCUUAAAUUAUCGUCCUGUUUGUAUUUUCUUUA